AUGAGUGCUCGGGACCCGGCUGCGACCUCGACCUCGAAGGGGAAGUCAAAUCAAGAGCCCCGAAUAGACGAAAUUCUGCAGGCUCUAGCGACCGUGGGAGAACUGUUGGGACAGCAGGCCCAACAACGAAUGCCUAAUGCUGAGAAUGUGGCAGCAAAUGGAAAUGGAAAUGGAAAUGGUGGCUGUACGAUGCACGGAUUGGUUGAGCAAUUCCUGAGGCUCCGACCUCCGAAGUUUAUCGGAACUGGAGAUCCCGAAGAAGCGAAAUCCUGGAUCGAUGAACUCCAGAAGGCAUUUGAGCUUUUGAGAUGUUCUGAGGAAGAGAAAGUUACCUUAGCAGCCUAUCAACUACAAGGUAAUGCCAACUAUUGGUGGAAAGCGACCAAGGAAAUCGUGUUCCCAGAAAAUGCUGCUGUCAACUGGAAUGCUUUCGUUGAAGCAUUCAACGGAAAGUAUUUUUCCGAAUGUGCUCGUGACCGAAAGAUGAAGGAAUUCCUGCAACUUCAGCAGAACAACAUGACGGUGGACCAGUACGAAGCAAGGUUCGCUCAAUUGUCGAGGUAUGCCCUUAAAUUUAUUGAAGAUCCAGUGGAAAGGGCAAAAAGAUUCCGAGAUGGUUUGAACCCAGACAUCCGGAGUCAGUUGGUGCAGCUGAACCUCAAGGAUUACAACGAGCUGUGA